UCCUCCUGCUGACUAUAAAAAUGCCCCGUCCAUUUGCUUCUGUAUUUGCUUCUUAAUCUCAGCUCAACUUGGAAUAAACAGCAUGGAGUGUAAGCAGCAGUUGAAAUGGUUAAUACUUGCAAUGAUAUGUCCUCUUAUUGCAGGUGCUCCAUCCUGCAUGUGCAAACGAGAUAGUUCAUGUCCCAAAGAGAAUCUAAACAUUACUGGAGGGAACUUUGUUCUUUCUAAAGGCUAUUCAGAAGGGAGUCUUCUAAAAUACAUCUGUCCGGAUGGAUAUUACCCGUCGGUUCAGUCACGUCUGUGUCAAGAUGGACGUUGGACCUCAAAGAUCAAAACCAGAAAAACCCCAGAGUGCAAAAAGAUCACAUGUCCCAGUCCCCGUGUUUUCGAGAAUGGAGAGGUGAUUCCAUAUAAAGACAAGUACUAUGUAAAUGACACAACCACCUACUCAUGUCAUUCUGAUUAUACAUUCCGUGGCUCAGCAGAACGUGUUUGCAAGCCUAAUGGGAAGUGGAGUGGAAGCACACCAAUUUGUGGACGUGACUCUGAUCACUGUCCUGAUCCUGGUGUUCCCCCUGGUAGCAGUCGAACAGGGAACAUGUUUAACAUAGACGACAAAGUCACGUACCGCUGUCAGAGUCCAUUGACCUUGAUUGGCUCUAAAGUGCGAGUGUGUCUUGAUGGAGGCCAGUGGUCAGGAACAGAGCCACAAUGUUACGCUGAUUACACAUACGACACCCCAGAGGAAGCAUCAGAAGCUUUCAGCAGUUCUCUUAAGUCAAAUCUAGCAGUUACUCAACAGUUUAAAGAAGGUCAGCAGGGGAAGAAAAAAACUAUGUGUCAGGGUGGAAAACUUGAUAUUUACAUCGCUGUGGAUGCAUCUGAAAGAAUAGAUAAGAAGGAUUUCGAAAAUGCAAAAAGCACCAUUAAAAUGCUUAUAGACAAGAUUAGUUAUUACUCGGUCUCCCCAAACUAUGAGAUCCUGAUAUUUGCUACAGAUGUUACUCGGAUAAUCUCUAUGAGGGACUUCAAAACUAAUGAAGAUGCAAGAAACCUAAUGAAUAUUUUUAAAGAGCAUGACGACUUUAAUUAUGAGCGUGUAGGUGAAAUAACAGGUACCAAUAUCGCCAAAGUCUAUUCAGCCAUUUUAGAGAGCAUGAAACUAGAGGAGCUCAUCAAUGCGAUAGCCUUCAGAGAGACCCAACACAUCGUCAUAAUGUUCACCGAUGGUCAGGCAAACAUGGGGGGGAAUCCCAGACCUAAAGUGGAACAGAUCAAACAUCUUGUAACUAAAAAUCAUCCAGACAGAGAGAAGAAUCUUGAUCUUUAUUUAUUUGGAGUUGGAGAUGACGUGAAUCAAGAAGACAUAAAUGGCUUAGUGUCACAAAGGGACCAAGAAAAGUAUUUCUUUAAACUUAAAGACUUGACAGAGGUGCAGAAGAUGUUGGACUACAUGAUUGAGUAUAAGUAUGCUCAAGAACGGUAG